AUGAAUAAUAACAUACCAAAGCGGAACAUGAUAACGCUAUCUAUACCUGAAACCCUUAUAAGGGAGUUAGGUUAUAAUCAUCAAACUAAAAUUUUAAUUACAGGUACAUUCAAUAAUUGGCAAUAUGCUGAGGAUCAAACAGAGUAUCGACUACAUUAUGAUGUUUCAAAAAAAGAAUACACUGUUGAUGUUCCCAAAGUUAAUGGGAAAGAUCGGCUUAAUUUCAAAUUUGUUAUUCUGAAUGCUAAUAAUAGUGGGUAUGAUGAAUGGAUUACAUUACCUUGCUUUGAGACAACCAUUGAUGAUCAAGGUUAUAUCAAUAAUAUAACUGACUGUAACACCUAUGAUAAGAUAGUGGAUGAGAAUACAGAAAAAGCCCCUUUCACGUUAGAAAUAGGAAACCAAUAUAUGGAGCCCAAGAAGGACGUAAAUGAUUGCAAUAUUUAUAGCACUACUAAGAAGACUAAGAUUGACGAAUCCUCGAGUAAUGAAUAUGUUAAUGUUUCUUCUUUCAGUGAAUUGGGUAGUACUGAGGAAAUAGAUGUUGAACUCUGUUCAGUUCAAGAGAAUAUGGAUGAUACUUUCCAAUUGCAAAGAACAAGUAGUAAUGAAAACAACACAUAUUAUUGUCAUUCGAAUAUAUCAAAGGAUAACAGUGGUAUAAGGGAUACCUAUGACACAUUAACAAGUUCAGUGUCUAGUAGUACAUUAGUCUCUUUAUCAAAAAGAUCAAACAAUACUGGUAUAAGAAAUGAAAAACAAAACAGAUAG